AUGAGGAAUGGCGGGCCUCUCUGCCCAUCAACGACGCACUGCGCAUCCAUUGGGCUGGGGCUGGUCAGCGUUCUCAGCUGGGGAGUUGCAGAAGUCCCCCAGAUCAUCACCAACUACAGGGAGAAAUCAACGGAGGGCCUGUCCAUCGCCUUCCUCUCGACGUGGAUUCUCGGGUGGGCACAUCACAUCAGUUUCUCCACUCCAAUCCUCCAUCUCUGAACCCACAUUGCACCCCUUCUGAUUCCUCUCCUCCACCUCGCAGGGACCUCUUCAACCUCGCUGGAUGCUGGCUCGAGCCCGCCACCGUAAGCUCUCUCCGGUGCCAGGUUGACUCACCUUCCCUCUCCUUUGACUUGUUCUUCUCUGUUGCAGCUGCCCACGCAAUUCUACAUGGCCCUGGUAAGAAUGUCAACGCAGGCCGGGUAUGCGCUGACUUUGUGUGAUGAAUGAAUGAAUGAAUGCUUCCUCUUCUACUGAACGGCAGCUAUAUACGGCAACCACGUUGGUCCUGACAGGGCAGACGGUGUACUAUGGGCACGUCUACCGAUGGCUGAAGACAGAAAAGGUAUGGAGCACGGUCAUACAUCUGGAUCAUAUGAAGCACUGACAUAUGGGUGCAGGGGGAGAGACACUGCGAAAGCGGUGAGACAAGGAAGACGAACAGGGCAGAGGAGGGAGAUGAACCGGGCUUCUCCAAGAACAGAGAUGAUCUCGGAGAAGGAGACGGAUCACUGAUGCCCAGCUCGCCUAUAGCAUUGGAUCCUACUCGCAGUUCUGGUGGGAGCAUAUAUAUUGUGUAAGUCAACGGUGUUUUCUCAACUAUUUUAGGAAAACUAUGAGAAAUAGUUUUAGAAACUCUGAAACUCUGAGCCCGGCAGGUCAGCUAGAUCUUUAUCGGGCAGCCCAAAGCCCAUAUCAAGAUACUUCUUGGGUCGUCCCGUUGACUCUGGGCAGUCAGCAAGAGAGCCAUUGCUUGGUGACCCUGCCUUCUCCCAGUCUGCACCACCUCUCAACACUAAGAGCAUGCUCUCGGUGGUAUGCCAACCUAGUUCAGUCCUACUUCUAGGUUAUCUGGUGUGGCAAAAAAUAAAGUCACACCCACCAUUUUACCUUCUAUUUUCAGGCAAUGUCAACUGUUUUGUGUCUCGGUGGGCUAAGUCUUCGCCAUUCCAGGGGUGAGGGAGCUAAUAAGCCAUCCACCAGCAAGGUCAUUCUAGUGGGCAGGAAGAUCCUACAGGUAGCAUUUUGACCACAAUGUUCGCAUGUUGAUGGCACAAAAUCUGGGGAGAUGUUGACCAUCUUGGGUUUUGUCUACUGCCUUCAGCAACAUAUGAGUGUGCCUUCAUCGGCAGAAAAGGCUGGAAGCAGUGGGGUCGGAACCUUCCUCGGCUGGGCAAUGGCAGUCAUCUAUAUGGGGGGGAGGCUUCCCCAAAUUUGUCUGAAUGUAAGAGAUAUUCAUAGAAUUGUCCCAGAGUGAUCACUUAAAAUAUAAUGCAUCUAAUCAAAUAUAAGUUGAUUAUUUUUUUUUCCCUUGUGUUUUGGAUCAUCAUCUUUCUAAUAAUUCGUGAACUAUUUUCAUGCAGAUGAGAAGAGGAACUGUCGAGGUAAGCUUUCUUUGGACGUCGAGCACUGCUAAUCUAAAAGAAAAAUUAAUACCCCAGGAGAGAAAGAGGACCAUUCUUUAAUCCAAAACGAUGUGAGAUCUCAUAAGGAUCAAGAAUCCAUGGAGCUAGAAACUAAAUGUGGAAAGCAUUUUGGAUAGUAUUUCUAGAUGUGGAAAGCAUUCUGGAGAGUAUUACUAAAUGUGGAAGGCAUUCUGGAUGGUAUUUUCAGAGCCAAAAUAUUCCUACCAAAGAGAAAAUUGACGUUCUCAAGAUAUUUAUUUUCUGCAGGGCCUGAGUUCAUUAAUGUUUGGUUUUGCUCUUGUGGGAAAUGCAACAUAUGUAGCCAGGUGAAACACAUGAUUCUUGAUCGCAUCUCUAGCCAUAUUGAUGAAGAAUAGGAGAUAUUCCGUCUCUAUGGAGCUAACUGCGGGCAUUUUCUUGUGUAGCAUAUUGGUCAGCAGUUUGGAUUGGUCUAGAAUAAGUCCCAACCUGCCGUGGCUGGUGGAUGCUGGGGGAUGUGUACUUCUGGACUCUUUCGUAUCCUUUUCUUAUGUUUUCUUCACAAAGUUCAUGCAAGAUCGACAACAGGGCCUGUCGAUACUCUGUUCUACUUCUUUCCCUCUUCCUCUCCAGCCCCCCAUUGCUCUUACAGUUUUCUAAUUCAUCAGUCGCCGCCAUAUGAUAAUCUGAGUUUUGGGUGCUCUUAUGAGGCUUUUCUUAUUCAUCUCUAAGUCCUCUCUGUGCUUAUUUGUGAAGAAAACAUCCAUAACAAUUUUUCAGAUCUUGAUUCAGUUUCUAUACUUCCAGUGCCACUCAGACAAGUCUGAUGAAACCACACAUGAAGAUGAUUGAAUUCUUGUUUCAGCCACUGUGAAGAAGAGGAUCGAUCCUGCAGUGUUCAAUCCGCUGCACAGUUGCAUGACCAUGACGUCCCAAGCGCCUCCCUGGUUUUCAUGCCUGAUGUCCGUUAGAUUCAGUUAUCUGCCGGCUGGUUGUGUUAGAGCAGUGUGCUGAAAGCCUAUGCUGCCUUUUUUUUUUUUCUUCUUGAAGAAAUGGACAAGAAUCACCUUAAUUUCUAGAUUAAACCGCCUGAUUUUUCCAACUGGUGCAGCCAAUGGUUUUUUAUGAGAUGAAAGCAGGAGGAGGGCUUGUCACAGGGGGCGGCCCAUUCCUAUUCCAAUCUGCCCAUAUCUCUGGAGCUUCAAAACGCCCUCCUUAAAGGCCAGAUAGACAAAGAUGUUUAUCCGCUCCUGAUUCUAUUCAAGUCUGUUGUCUAAGUUUUGAAAGUAUAACUAAUGAGGUUUCUUAGGGUCGAGCAUCUUCCCUAGGUUUUACAAACCCAAAUCAUUUUUUGUUCGGGUGUAGUUGACCUGAUCUGAUGUGAGAUCCUGAGUACCAGGUACAUUAA